AUGGUACAGUUUUCAUCGCCUAUGCUGGACGCGAAGCAGCUACAGCAAUGUCUGGAUCCGAUCUACAAGCUGACGGAGCGUGACAUCGCCAAGCCCACGCCAGAAGUUAUGCGCCUCUUCUACGACGCGGCAAUUCGCGUACUAGUCGGCCGAGCCGUCCUCCCUAGCGACGGCGCGUGCAUGAAUGAGGAGGAAGCGGAGCGGAACCUGGACUUCCCUGAGUUGCACGUAGAUGCCGCCAGUACUCUCCUUCUCUUCCAGUCGCUCCGAGAGCUCUUCGCGGCGACCGGCGUCGAGUGGUUCGCGAUGCGCGACCUCAUCCGGCCGGAUCCCGAACGCACACAGAAGCUGCUCUCCGCUCUCGCCAACUACAAGCGCUUCGGGGACCAGUUCUUUUCCGUGGAGGCGCAAUGCCUGGAGGAAUACGCGCAGGUCGUUGAGACGCACGCCAAGCUCGAAGACGAAGAACUAUCGCUGUCUAGCGAGCUGCAAUGUCUGGAGGAGCGGCAGCGCGACGAGGACGCGGAAGUGGCGGAGGUGGCGGAGGAGGUGGCAGUGAUGGAGAAGGAGCUGCAGCGGGCGCAGGGGGAAGAGGCCGCGGAGCAAGAGCAGCUGGCGGGGCGGAGGGAGGCUAUGGCGAAACUCAUGGAUGAGGCAAGCAGGGUUAUAGCGGCGGAGAAGCAGCAGGCGGCGAAGAUGAAGGAGGAGGAGAUGAGUUUGCGGGCACAGAUAGUGGAGUCGCCGGAUAAAGUCAGAUUAGCAGUGACACGCGCAGAGGAAGCGAUGGAGAGCGAAAAGGAGGCAAGGGAUGCGGUGCUGGUGCAGAUGCGGGAGAACCGCAAGAAGCUGGUGGUCGUCAGAAAGGCCCUGGCGGAGCUUCAGAGCCGGCUGCAGCAGGUCAAGCAAGCGGAUCAAGAGGCAGCAGCAGCGCGCGAGUUGAAACGGCAGGUGGCUGCACGGCAGGCACAAGGAGCAGCAGCAAGGCAGCUGCAGGCAGCAGCGGAGGAGAGGGUCAGCAAGGAGAAGGCCAAAGAGGCGGAGUGGAAGGCGAAGGUGGCAGCGCGCAGGGCAGCCAUAGAGCAGCAGAUGGCGGAGGUGCGGAGGAAGCAGGAGGACGUGCUUGUGUUGGAGCAGGGCCUGGCAGAGGAGGAGGAGCUCUUCCUCGCUGCCAAGGCAGAGGUGCACGGCCAGCUGGAGCAAGUGCGGGGAGAGGAUGAGCGGUGCCAGGAGCUGCACAGGCAGAGGCUGGCGCAUGUGACCGUGCUCUUCAAUACGCUCAACUCACAGGUUGAUUCCUUCCAUCGCCAGAUAGCCGCAUACAUGGAUCCUGACGUUGACACUGCUGCUGCACUGCCCGCUCCUGAAGCACGUGACAUGAUUCCAACAUCAUCCAGAGCCCACGUGCCUGAGUACCAGGGCACAGCUCCUCCCAGCACCCCUGCACAGUCAACUCUGUUGGCUUCAGGUGCAGGUGGGGUGAGUGCGGAGGGUUCAGCAUGUGUGCCACACGCCACACCAUGCUCUCACUCUCACUCUUCGCCAGCCGUGAGUGCACGUGGAGUGGAGGUGUGA